CCGGAAGUGUAAGGGAGUUUUUCCGGUGGCAGGGGUUAAAGCUUCCAGUGUGUGUGUGUUUGUGUGUAUUUCUAUUUCGCUGUUUUAGAGGAUGGAGGUCACGAGACAGAAUUUUAAGGAGGUUCUUCCAGAGGUGUGUAACGCGGUGCAAGAGGCGGACUUCAUCUCUAUAGACGGAGAGUUCACAGGAAUCAGUGAUGGGCCGUCAGUCAGUGCUCUGACCAAUGGACUGGACACACCGGAGGAGAGGUACACCAAACUGAGGAAGCACUCCAUGGACUUCCUGCUCUUCCAGUUCGGCAUCUGCACCUUCCGAUACGAGCAGAACCAGUCCACGUACAUCACGAAGGCCUUCAACUUCUACAUCUUCCCCAAGCCCUUCAGCCGCACGUCUCCGGACGUCAAGUUCAUCUGUCAGAGCUCCAGCAUUGACUUCCUGGCCAGCCAGGGCUUCGACUUCAACAAGGUGUUCCGCAGCGGGAUUGCAUACCUGACGCGGGAGGAGGAGUCUCAGCUGAGGGAGCAGUAUGAGGAGAGGCGGGGCCAGAUGAAUGGGGCGGGGCCGGUGUCGUACACGCCCCCCUCGGGAGGAGGAGCCUGCAGUGUGCCUGAGGACCAGAGAGACUUCAUCAGGAGCGUGGAGCAGAAGGUGGACUCUCUCCAGAACAGCUGUGAUCAGACUCUGGAUCUGGAGCCGUGCACCGGGUUUCAGAGGAAGCUCAUCUAUCAGACGCUCAACUCAAAGUUUCCUAAACUGCAUGUGGAGACGCUGGAGACGGAGAAGAAGGAGCGUUUCAUCCAGAUCAGCAAAGUGGACGAUGAGGAGAGGAGGAGGAGAGAGCAGCAGAAACAGCAGCGAGAGCAGGAAGAGCUGAACGACGCCGUGGGUUUCUCCAGGGUUAUUAGAGCCAUCUCCAAAUCUGGUAAGCUGGUGGUGGGCCACAACAUGCUGCUGGACGUCAUGCACACCAUCCAUCAGUUCUGUGCGCCGCUGCCCGAGGAGCUGGAUGACUUCAAGGAGGUGGCCAUGUCUGUGUUUCCCAGGCUUUUGGACACCAAGCUGAUGGCGUCCACGCAGCCCUUCAAGGAGAUCAUCGGCAACACGUCAUUGGCUGAACUGCACAAACAGCUGAGAGCGAAACCCUUCCGAUCGCCCGUCACUGAGUGUCCUGAAGGCCUCAGGAGUUACGACACCUCCACGGAGCAGCUUCAUGAAGCCGGGUACGACGCCUUCAUCACAGGACUGUGCUUCAUCUCCAUGGCAAACUACCUGGGGACGUUCCUCACUCCUCCAAAGAGUCACAUCUCUGCUCGCUCCAAACUCCUGGAACCCUUCUACAACAAGUUAUUCCUGAUGAGGGUCAUUGACAUUCCCUACCUGAACAUGAGUGGCCCGGACCUGCAGCCCAAGAGAGAUCACGUGCUGUACGUCACCUUCCCUAAAGAGUGGAAGACCAGUGACCUGUACCAGCUCUUCAGCGCCUUCGGCAACAUCCAGGUGUCGUGGAUCGACGACACGUCAGCGUUCGUGUCCCUCAGUCAGACGGAGCAGGUUCAGAUCGCUAUGAACACCAGCCAGUACGCGGAGAGCUACCGCAUCCAGACGUACGCGGCGUACCUUCAGGGCCGGCAGAAGAACACGUCCAGCAGAAGAUGGGCCGCCGACGGCUGGGCCGACACGCCCGACACUGCAGACGCCAGCCGGCUGCACGCGGUUAAGAGGAGCAUCAGUCCGUCUCUAGAGGAGCAGAAUCAUUAUUCCGACAGCGGCUGGACUCACUACAGCAGCGGCAAGAAGAUGAAGACUGACGGAGGCUCCUCACAAACGUAUGUUAAUGUGGCUGAUUCAGAGGGGUCCUGUGAUUGGCCCAGACUGCAGCCUGAAGGCGGAGCCUCUGUGAGCCCAGUGCAUGAGGAGGCGGAGCCUGAGAAGUCCUCGGCCAAUCAGAGUCAAGGUAAACGGAGCCGCAAGCACAAGAAGAGGAACUCAGACGCUUCUGAAACGUCACCGCCGACGCUCUUCGACGUCCCUAAGGUUUGGUAGCGAGAGCUCGGCGGCCAAUCGGGAGCCUCGCUUAGCCCAGGCGUGUCCGACAGCCAAUCAGAAGACUGCACUUAACCUCCCGUGACCUCUCCUUAUGUGGGCGAAGUUCAGAGCGUUUUAAAGGUGCUGGAGUUACUGAGCCAUUUACUGUCAGAGAGAGAGUGUGUGUGUGUGUGUGUGUGUGAGUAUUUUACCGCGGUUUCCCGGAGCGUUCCCUCAUUUUAAAUGUUGACGUGUCCUGCAAUGUUUAUUUAUUCCUCGUGAGGGUUCCUUCGUCUUUAGUUCCUACAGAUUAACAGUGAGAGAAAAAAAAAGAAACUUAAUGUGUCAAAGAAUGUUUAAUUGUGAUCAUGAAUGUCUUGUUCAUAUCCUUGUAUUUUUUGUAUGAAAUGUUCAAAUGGUCCCUUUUCCAGGGAAGAUGAAAUUAAAGUCUUUCUUAGUA